UGAAAUGGAGGUACUCAAGUGUACUCAUGUAGGCUGUAGGUCUCGAUUAUUGCCUGAUUAAAAAAUACUGUUGACCCUAAGAAGGGACUUCAUUUAUGUUGAAGUCAUCUACCAAAAUCAGCACACAGAGUGGAUUUUCUUUAUCUAAUUGUCUUUCUAAAACAUACAGCUUGCAGCAAAAAGUAGAAAGAUGCCUUGAAGAUGGAAUUCGCCUUCCCAUGUUAGAUGCAAAACAGCUUCAGAAUGAAAAUGAUAAUCUGAGAGAACAAAAUGAGAAUGCUAGUAAGAUAAUAGACAGCCAACAAGAUGAGAUUGAAAGAAUGACUGUAGAAAUUCAGUCUAUGCAAGGGAAACUUUCUAAAGAAAAAUCAACUACUCAAAAGAUGAUGGAAGAGCUGGAAAAGAAAGAAAGAAACCUACAGAGAUUAACAAAAACAUUGCUUGAUAACCAAAGGCAAACAGAAGAGACGUGCUCUUUAUUGGAUCAGGGCCAGGAAGCAGACCAAUCCAGGCAGCAGACAGUACUUACCAAAUGGCCACUAUCCGAUUUGAGUGUGAUUGAUCAGCUGUUCAAGGAAAUGUCCUAUUGUUUGUUUGACUUGAAGGCAUUGUGUAGUAUUCUCAAUCAGCGUGCUCAGGGCAAGGAGCCUAAUCUUUCAUUAUUACUGGGAAUCAGAUCAAUGAACUGUUCAGCUGAAGAGACUGAGAAUGACUAUAGCCCAGAAACACUCACUAAAAAAUUGUCAGAUGUAUGCCAGUUACGGAGGGACAUCGAUGAAUUAAGGACUACAAUAUCAGACCGCUAUGCCCAGGACAUGGGAGACAACUGCAUUACCCAGUGAUCAACUAUUGGUCCCACAGCAAUAAUGACCCAUUGUUAAAUGCUGCUGUGUUACAGUUCUUCAUAUUUCUUUUUAGGAGCCAUAAUGGAAAGUCGCAAGUGACAUAUCACUUACACAUAGGAUUUUUUUUUUUCUGUGGAUUUGUUUUCCUGGGGGAGAAAGGGGAUUUGAUGAGGUUUCAAAGGGGCUUAUCUAAUCAGGCCAAAAAACCAAAUUACUAUUAGAAAAAUGUGAUGACGUGUAUAAGGGGAAAAAAAAAUCUGUCUUCUCAAACUACUGAUUGUAGGACCAAGCUGUGAAGAGUGCCCUUCAGAUAAAGGAGUAGGAUUUCUUUUUAUCUGCAGUUGUGUGUGUGUGUAUGUGUGUGUGUAUUCACAAAAUUAUAAGGAUUUCUAAGGUCAAAGCAAAGCUUCUAAGAAAGGCACACACUGUUUAUUCUUGUAUUUCUUUUCUUUCAUGUAGAAGCUUGUGUUGUACUUUGGGGUUUUCAAGGGCUGGCUGCACAAGAGCUCCAACAGCAGGCGAGUGUUUUAAUAGUAGUACAGCUGUGUUUUGAACCAUCUGUCUUUCAGACAACCACUGUGCUGAGAUGAUGAGGUUGUGGGGUUGGGUUGAUGUUAGCACUGUAGAUAGGUCAGCUAUUUUUCCAGAGUGAUUGUGGGUUGCCUUCGAGGUAUGAAAUGUUAUGUGAUAAUCUUUUUCAUUAGCAUUGCAAUUUAUAUAUCACAAGGCAACUUAACACAACUUGAACUAAUUUUAACAUGUCCCUUACUAUUUACAAUUUUUCACUUGUAUCAAUGUAAACAAAGCCAUAAAGAAUUAAUGCUAACCUUCUAAGGCCAUUGUAAAAGAAGGAUUAAAAAAGUCACUCUGGAACAAUAGUUUAUCCAAUUCUCAAAUGUUUACAUUUUAACAGUUUUGUAUGUCUUAAAGUUAAAACUACUUUAAGAAAAAGCCAACCUGUAUUCUUUAUAUCAGAAUUAUCACAAAUAUAAAACAAAAUCAAAACCAGGUGAUAUUUCAAUUACAUGUAUUAGGUAAAGUACAUUAAAAACGGUUUUUCAUACACGACAAGAUUAUUUCUUCUUCUGGAGUGCAGGAUAUCAUUAUGAGAUGCAACUGAUUUUUAAGUAGACAUACAAUUAUUUAAACUUCCAAAUGAGUAUUUUCCUGUUUUAGUUGGAGUUUUGGAAGGACUACAUAUUUUAUUGCCUUCAGAGCAUUUAUUACAUUCUUUUGAAUAUACUUAAUUAUGGCAAUCAUUGUUCUUUACAAACUGGUUUGUUUUCUUGAUGCAGCCAGGUCUCAUGUAGGUCAAGACUAAAUAAGAGGUAGAAGGAAUAAGGGGUGUGAAUUCAGCAGGAUAAUACUGUUUGGGGCAAGAAGAGAUCACAUGUCUGGUUUUUUUGCCAGGCUUAUAUACUGGUAUAAAGGCUGCUCCUAGAAAAGAUUUUUCUUACAUAUUUUCAGCAGUGAAAACAUAUGUGGGAUAAAAACUUCAAGGAAACUACCCAGGAAGACAUUCAGUUCAGAAUUUGGCUAAUAUGCAGCACUCAGUAAGUUAUUUUGUGGUUAUGUUACAACAAUUGGUUAUAAUACAUUGUAAGGACAUCAAACUUUCCUUUUGUUCAGUGCCUGAGUCCUCCCUACUCUUACUGCUUAGGAUCUGGGCACUAAGAAAUCAGUGCAUCAUGUGAUUCUGCAUUCCAAGUACCUGUCCUAAUAAGGAAAAGUCAUCGUAAGAAUGUGGCAUUCUAAUUUGUUCAAUUGUUUUUUAAUGUUGGUGGUUUGAAGACAAUCAGGGAGUAGUAAAUUUAUACCAAAAAUCUGAUGCAAAAGAAUUCUGCCUUGUAAAAAUAUCUGUAAAAAUGGGCCUUUAUAUCAAGUAGAUAAUAGCAUCUGAAUGAGAUAAGCCACGGUGCAGCACACAACAUUGUUAUGUUCUCUCUCAAUAGAAACUCCAGCCCCCUACCAGAGUACCUAGUCAUACCUCCACGAUUUUGGAAGUAAAGGCACCCUAAGAUGAUAGCACUAAUGUGCAUAAAUAAUCACUGAUUUGGGUCACUAGGUUCUUAAUGUCUUCUAGGUUUUUAGUAUAUGUUUUGGAGUUUUAUGGUUAUUAUUAUUAUUUUAAACAAACUUAAACAUUUGCUUUAAUUUACUGUAGAUACAUAUUUUUUUCUGGCUUAGGAUAAAAUAUUUAAUUUUUUAAAUAAGGUUUCUAAAACUUAUAGAAUUUGACUUAAUUCACAUGUCUUGAGGUAAAAAUGUGUUAAUUUAGAAAAUUGACAAACUACUACUGGUGUAUUUCAGUUCCAAAAUGUCUACCUCUCCAUAAAUAAAAAAGGAAAAUAAGAUGUGAUAGUGUAAGUAUAAGUUUAAAUAUAACCCUGAGUUACAAAAGUACAAAAGUAAUCUCUUGGAGUCUGGAGUUUGUGAAGGGACCUAGGUAAUAAGUAGACAGUCUUGGAAUAUUUUUGGGGAAAUGAAAUAGUAGUAUUCUAAUUUGUCAGUAUUUAAUUUUUAUUUUAUUUUUCAGAAAAUUCCCCUUUCCCAAGAUAACCUCUUCUGUUAGAAUAUAAUAAUAUCGAUAUCUCAAUUGAAAACAAAGAUUUUGCUGUUAGGUCAAGUAAGAUGGGCAAAUAGAAACACUAUAGUGUCUUAUUCUAGUUUGAACUAGGAUGUUUUCAGAAGUUAUUAUACUGAUAUAUGUCUGAGAUGAAAAUUAACCUAAAUUUUGAAGUUAAACAUAUUUGAUAAUUUCCUUAGAUGUGAAAACUUUUUAAUUAUGCUUUUGUGAGUUCAAUGCUUGUCUUCUUAGGAAGUGUCUCAUGCAGUAUUAACAUUUAUUAUUGGUUUUCUGGAUUUUGAAGUUGAGCUUAUUCGAGCAGGGAUAAAGUAACAGUAUCUCAAUAAAAGACCCAGUUACCUGUGCAGAUAAAAAUAACUGAAUCAAAGGCACAAUAGUUAGUUGUUUUUUUCAUUUGAUGUCUGAAGGAUGACUUUAGUUAAACUGUUAGUAAAUUUUCAGUGGCCUCUAAUUUUGAAAGCUUAAGUAAUGACUAGGUUAAGUCAUUCCUGGAUUUCUUUUUAAAUAAGUGUGGUCCCUUUUUAUAUUUGAAAUGGGAUUCAGUGUUUACUAUUAACAACAUUAUUUUUAAUGAAAUUUAUUUUGGUCAUGACAGUUUACUCACUGAAUUAGACUUCUUUCAGUAGCUUGUUAAAGACAAUCUCAAGGGCUGCAAAGUGUUGCUAAAAUGGAUAUUGUACAUUUCUGAUUCAGUAAGGAGCUUAUAAAUUAAUCUUGUCAUAGUUCAAGACAUUACUAGAAAUCUCUUCGAGGAUAUUUUUAAAGGAACUACUUUAUUGGGAAAAUAUUCUUUCAAUAUCAGUAAUAAUUCAUUGAAUAACUUAGUAGCUGGGAAUUUGGGACUGUAUUUUUACAUAGCAUAGUUCAGCUCAGGCACACCUUUAGUUUUGAUUAUUGGCAUUCUCUGAUGUAGAUUUCUGUCAUUGUAGAUAUGUAAGUACAAUAAUAAGCAAUUCUCAUAACCAUGCUCACUCAGACUAUAUCAUUUGAAACUGCCAGUAGCUAUAGCUCUCAAAGCCAAAGUUAAUUCAUUUUGUUCCCAUUUUUGACAAUUUUCAGUGUUCACAAAACAAGAAAAAUGAUUUCCUAUUUGGUGUAAAGAGUAUAAUUUCCAACUUUACCCCAAGAUGCCAUGGUGGUAUAUUACUGUAUGAUAAUAUUAUACAUUUAAUCAUGAAGGGGGAAAGCUUUUGCAUUUUUUUGUUACUUAAAAGAAAUACUGAGUAUAUUAAUGUAGUUUCAAAUCAAUAAGUCAUUAACAACACUAUUGCAGCUGCAUACAGAGAGAACCUUUUGUGCCUUUUUGCCUACAGUAAGCAUUCAUUUCUGUUUUAUGUGAGUUAUAAGAAUGUUGAUGAUUAUCGCACCUUGUUCUUCUGUAAAUAGACUUGAUUAAGGAUUUUUUUCUUAAGCAAGGAACAGGUUUUCAUUACUAGGUUAGAUACCUUAGGAAACAUGAGAGGAUAUGUCUUUGGAGCCCAGCCUUUUCCCAGUAUAGUGAGCAGGAAACUCCUUCAGAAUGUAGUUAUUUGUGUGCAUAUGUGUGUAUAUAUAUGUAUAAAUAUUUAAAUACAGGAAGAUAAAAUUUGGCAUCACAUUGGUGUGAUGACAAGAAGUAGUAAGGUGCUAGCGAGGUGGUUACAUUAAAAGCACAGAAGAGUGUAUAAUCAGUCACUAUGACUGGUGGUUUUUGUAAACUCGGUUCAGUUUUUGAACCACCCAGAAUACCUCAUGUGUAAAUACAGAGUGGUCAUGACUUAAUUGAAAUACAGUUAUUGUAAAAAGAAUGUGAAGCCACUGGUUGGCUUAUGCCUUCUGAUCUAUCAUUCUUGCCUCUUUUUUUGUAAAGGGGUUAUUUUUUUGUUUUUGUUUUUUAAUAGGGUUUACAGCUAGAAUUUUGAAUGCCAAAGUUCUAUUUAUUAAAUUAAAAAAAGUUUUCAAUGUUAAUGGCUAAGUAUUUUUCCACUGGACUAUUGUUUGUGAUGUUGGAAUUUGUAUUUACAGAGAAAUAAAUUUUUUAUAAAAAGA